UCAGUGUGUUUGAUCAUGUGGAGGUGUCAAAAAAUUUGAAAAUGUUUUGGAUGUUCAAGCGGUCCCGCUUCACCGACAGCGCCGUGGCCUUCUUCAACAGCAUCAACAACAAUCAUUCCACCGGAAAUGCCGCGGGUGCCAGUAAGAAAUCCGGAUACAACAAGUUGUCGAGUGGGGAGGACGCCUCUGCAGACCACAAGAACGCCAACCUCAACAACCUGGUUAGUCCGUUGACGUCAUCAGUGCACGGUGGAGGUGGUGGUGGGGUGGGGGAAAGUUCAGAGUCCAGUAGUGCGAGCGACUUUGAUCUGGAGGAAGAGGACGAGUUUUCUGACGACUCGGAGUACGACGAGGCUCUGACGUGUAAUGUUUGUGAUCGCAGUUUCAGCAGCGCCAGGGCGUUGUCACAACACCAGCAGAAAAAGAGGCAUUUUGGGUGUUCAGCGUGCGAUAGUCUCUUCCAGACUUUGAUGGCCUUGGAACAUCACAAAGAGGAGUUUGAACACUGGUCUGGGGACGAAAGUAUGUUAGUACCUCAUCACCAUAGUGACGACAGCAGCGAAGAAACUAGCGAAGAGAUGGAACGGCUACUGUAGAAGAAAGCAAAGUGAUUUGGAAACUAUCGCAGAGAAGAGAUGGGACGAACACCACAGGGAGCUGAAGAGACUGACGGAAGUUUGGCAACGUUGCAACGCAGGCCAGCAAUCAAUCACGUUAAGACCAACAUCAUCGCUUGAUCUACCUAUGUAGGAAGUAUAAGAUUCGCUGUUGCCAAUUCUCCUCCGUGGCUUGAUUGCCUGUCAUUAUACUUUUGUUUAAGUCAUAAAAAUGAUUGUUCGGAUUUCCCCCCAGUCUUAGUAACCGUUUUUUUUAUCAUGUAACAUAGGCAUUUGAUGGGAUUAAAACAAAAAUCUAUGUUUUGAAACUCUUAGGAUAAUUUGUAAAUAAAACAAUAUAUAUUUUAAUCUUGAUCUAUGGAUUCCACUAAUAAGACCAAUAACAAGUCACUUAACGAAUAGGGAUUCAAUAAGAAACGAAUAAUUAAGCUGCGAAUUAUUAGGAGAGAUAACCUCGAAUGCAUAUCCACCUGCAAAUCCAUAUCAAGCUAAGCCUUGAAAAAAGGUUAAAAGUCUUGUUUUGUUAUAGAGAAAAUUUACUUAAAAAGACUUCAGAGUUUAUUUGAUUUUUAGUCAGGUAAUCAAGGAAAUAUACUUUCAAGUAACGAAAUUGCUAAAUACAUAUAAACAAUUUCAAAUAUGGAACAUUUUUCAGUACUAAAAACAGUUUUUAGUAAUUGUCCACAUUUAUAAUAUAGAAGUAUCUGUGUCUUCCUACGAUACUAGAGGUUUUAAAUCACUAUAAGUUCUGUAUUUUAUGUCUACCUUAAGGUAAUCUAAGCUAUAAGGAAUAAAAUCCAAGGGGAUAUCCAUAGCUUUAUCGACAAAAAGAGUUUUAGUUGAUAAUGACGUAAAUAUUGACGGAUCUUAAAACCUUUCCCGCUAGUGGAAGUAUAAGCCAUACUUAGAAGCCCAAACCUAAAAAAAUACCAUGAAAGAAUUUCUUACCUUUGUUUGCCAAAGAGACCAACAUAUAUUUUAAUACGUAGACGUCGGCUAUAUUUUGUAUGUAGUAGGAUAGAUAAGAAUGUAUUGGCCGCUGUGCGGUAUUGUAAAUACUGUCUGUUAAUAUGAGAGUUGUCUACAUCGUAGAAAAGCUUUUCCAAGCCACGAUUUCCAGGAUGUAAAUCUAUCGAUUUUAAUGUUAUCUUUAAUGUCUCUGUAACACAAAUAAAAUGAAAUUUAAAAAUAAAGAUUACUGUAUAUCUUGUGAGUCCAAUUCAAAAUGCAGGCAGUUCAACAAAUUUACUAUCACUGUAUGGAUGAUCUUGUUUUGUGUAUUAAAUAUUUUAUAAAGAUGCAUGUUUUUAUAGAUUUCUAUGUUUAACUAAUUCGAAUGUGUUUUAUAUACUUCUUAAUCAGGGGUUUUUCACAAAAUAUAAUACAACAUGGCGAUGAGUCAUAGUAUUGAAUACAAACUGUCCCACAUGUACUCUCAAACUGUAAAAUAGAUAUAGCUAAGUUUGUAUUAUAUUUUUAAAAUUUAAAGUUUUUUAAAAAUAUUUAUAAGAACUUUAAGGUAUGCAGUCGAUUUAAAAACAUAUAUUUGUUGCUUUUCUAAAUGGUUUACGAUAUUAGUAAAUUUUUAUUUAAAAACAUGGUGACAGGGGGGUUAAUACAAAACCAUUUUUAUAAUCAACGAGCCUUUUCAAAUUUGCGUUAAGCUGCAAAUAGCAAAACUGUAAAGUAAGCGACUCUUUUAUUCGCUCAAAUAUCUUACUUGUAUUUGCUGUAAAUUUUUUUUAUUCUCUACCUUUUAUUUCAGAAAAAAAAUAAUAUUCACAUUAAACAUCUGGUUUUUAUGACUAUUUGUGUCAUAACAAUCAUGGCAACUGUCAGAAUAAUAAUUCAGUAUCCCCAUUACCAAUUGCUAUAAGUGCCCUUAGAUGUUGAGAACCAAACAUAUUCGUCGUAUAAUACCUAACAUUGUCUACAUAGCGGCCUAAAAUACUUGCAAGAAGAUCCACCUAGGCUGUUACCUGUUCAUACAUUGUUCAACGUUGUAAUUGUUCACUCUUUAGUCCAAAUUUAAUUUAUCGGAGGAGUCCCGUAUGAAACAAGAAAGUCUUAUCAUUACUUAUAUAAACAACCGUCCUAGGGAUACGAAUAAACACAAGGAUGUGUUUAAAGGAUUUUGAACAGGCCUAUAAAGUUAAUUUUAAGCGAAGAUUCAUAUCAGAGCCCAUUUAGGGGUGUUAAGAAGACAUUUAAGUUACAAAUUAAAUUUUUAAUUGAAUUACACAAAAUGCUCCACAUUAAAUCAGCUUUAUCAAAGUUCCUUAACUUUCCUUAAUUAUUAAACUUAAGAAAUAUCAAGAAAUUUUAUAGAAGUAUAAGCAAAGUUAUAAUGUAAAGCGUAUGUAAAAGAAAUUGUAUGGAUUUAUUUAUAAUGACUAUUUACUUCAACUUGAAAAUAUAUUGAAUUAUAUCUAGAAAGCUGUCUCGUUUUCAAAUAAACUGAUGUUUUAUUCAAGUUAAACAAAUCAAGGAGACAAUGAAGAAGAAACUUUAAACAUUGAUCGUUGUUUUGCAAACAAUAUUUAUCUAAGGGAUCAUUUAUUGAUAUUUCUUUUAGUUCUUUUUCAAAAUGUAAAAGGCUGUUUAAUAAUUUUCUUAAAAGUGGUGUACAUUUAAGGAUACCGUUUAGUGGUUAUAUUUAGAACUCAAAUCUUAACUGCAAAACAAUUUAAGAGUCAGUUAUGAAAUUUAAACAGCUAUUUUUAAUUUUAGCACAAUACAUUUGAACUUUAUAUAAUUUUGUUGCAAAUGUAAAAUGUAUAAAAUACAUACUAUGUUUUGUUUAAUCAGUUGUAAUGUUCUAACAAAUUAUUCUUUUGAUUAUGAAUAAAAUGUGAAACAAAGGACUUAAUUAUUUUUGUAUUUAAUACUACUACGGCACCCAUCAAAUUAAGUUUAUUGGAAAUUACUGUGUAUUCAGAGUUUUGCCGUUAAAUAAAAUACAAACAAAUUGUAUUACCAUCUAAUCAUUAUUCUUCUCAGUAGAGACGUUUGUUUUCUAAGUAUACUUCUUCCACCAUCUGCAUCCAAAUGAAACCUUCCUUCUGAUCCUAACAUAUCACACCCACGUAUUUUAGACAAUAUCUAAUGUGUAUUUCUAUAUGUUUAUAUAAUGUAUUCUCUAUGUAAUAUUAUUGUAUAUAUUAGGAUAAUAAAUUUAC